UAUUGUCUUUAAUACCGCGAGGCGCGAGUUGUGACAAAUUUGGUGUUGUGUGCUGUUUGCGUGUGUGUGAAAAGAUGUAGUGGAAAGUACUGUUUGUUGGACUGGUUUAGCGGUCAGGAUGUGUUGUACGAAGCAUGCAGACUUGAAACGUUGAAAAAACAACUGCAAUUUUUGACAGCUACUGAAAAUGAAGCUUUAUUGCUUGAGCAGCGAUCCUAACAAGCCUUGCCACAUAUUGAGGUUCAAGGAAAUCACAUUAAUGCUUGACUGUGGCUUGUCAGCUCAGACAGUUCUUAAUUUUUUACCUUUGCCAUUAGUACCGAGUGCAAGGCUAAGUAAUUUGCCAGGAUGGAUGCCAAGAGAUGUGUCCGAUCCGCAGUUGGAGGGAGAACUGAAAGAGUGUUGUGGAAGAGUUUUUGUGGACUCUGCACCGGAAUUUUUCCCACCACAACCGAAGAUUGUAGAUUUUGCUGAAGUUGAUGUUAUACUUAUAUCAAAUUAUUUAUGUAUGUUAGCUCUACCUUUUAUUACUGAAGGCACAGGAUUUGCUGGGGUUGUAUAUGCCACAGAACCGACCCUCCAAAUUGGAAGGUUGUUUCUUGAAGAGCUGGUUCAACAUAUUGAACAAACACCAAAGGCCACAGUUGCUACUCAUUGGAAGGAACAGCUGCAUGUCCUGCCCCCACCUUUAUGUGACAGUCAAAAGCCUCGAAACUGGAAGCAUAUUUACAAUAUGCAAACAGUAAAUGACAGUUUAUCAAGAAUACAAAUGGUGGGGUAUAAUGAGAAGUUGGAUGUGUAUGGAGGUUUGGGAGUGAUGGCUGUGAGUUCAGGUUACUGCCUGGGCUCCAGCAACUGGGUUAUAAGUUCGCAUUAUGAGAAGAUUGCCUAUGUGAGUGGAUCCUCAACACUUACAACACAUCCAAGGCCAAUGGAUCAAGUUGCUUUGAAGAAUUCAAAUGUUCUAAUAUUGACAGGGCUAACACAGACACCAACUGCCAACCCAGAUUCAAUGCUAGGAGAACUCUGCAUGACAGUUGCAAAUACAUUACGAUGUGGUGGCAAUGUUCUGAUACCGUGCUAUCCUUCUGGUGUUGUAUACGACCUUUUUGAGUGCCUGUCAAGUCAUCUGGAUAAUUCUGGGAUGUCAACAGUACCCCUAUAUUUCAUAUCACCUGUUGCAGAUACAUCAUUGGCAUAUUCUAACAUUCUUGCUGAAUGGUUAUCAACCACCAAGCAGAAUAAAGUCUACUUGCCGGAAGAGCCAUUUCCACAUGCAUUUCUUGUUCGAAAUGGGCGCUUGAAACAUUUCAAACACAUUUUUACAGAAGGUUUCAGCACAGACUAUCGUCAGCCCUGUGUUGUAUUUUGUGGACAUCCCAGCUUGAGGUUUGGAGAUGCAGUACACUUCGUGGAGUUGUGGGGCUCCAAUUCGCUCAACACUGUAAUUUUUACUGAGCCUGAUUAUCCGUAUCUUGAGGCACUUGCUCCAUUUCAGCCAUUGGCUAUGAAAGCUGUGCAUUGUCCAAUUGACACUAGUCUAAACUUUACACAAGCAAACAAACUCAUCCGAGACUUGAAGCCAGGAACAUUAGUGCUGCCAGAAUCUUACAAGCAGCCUCCUAUCACUGCACCUCAUCGACUGGAUUUGGUUAUUGAUACGGACCGUCCAUUGAUAACAUUCAAGCGAGAUGAAGUUUUGACAUUACCUUUGAAGAGGAAACAAACUCAGGUCGAGUUAAGCCCAGAACUGGCAGAAAAUUUACUCCCAAGUGAAGUGAGAUCUGGUGUGGCUCUUGCAACAUUAACUGGAGGAAUCCAUGUCAGAGAUAACAAACACACUUUAAAAGUGCUUGUGGAUGAAGUUAAACCACAUUCAUCAGUGUCCAGCAAGAAGCGGAUUAGAGGUGUUGAAGAAAUGUUAAACAAAAAACCUACAAACUACACCUGGGGAUCGUUAGAUAUUGAUGAAUUUGUCCAAAAGAUAACACAAGAAGGCAUAACAGAUGCAAAAGUGGAGCAGGUCUCUAGUGGAUACAUUAUUCAUCUGCCAAAUGAAGAUACUUUAAUCCAGGUGGAGGAUGCAUCAACUCAUAUAAUUUGUGAUGGAGACAUACAACUGAGGCAGAAGCUGCGUACCAUUCUUCUUCAAUGUCUUAACAAAUUUUGAUCAUUUGUGAUGUAUUUCAUCAUUCUAAGUUUCAUGAAGACAACAAUUCUUUGUUUAGUUCUUAUGACAAAGUGAAUGAUUCAUCUUGUAUAUGCAACAGUUUGUGUCAGAUAGAAAAACUGUAAGUAACUUUUCAGAUUCAAGUACAUUUGAAGACAAGCGUGGGAAAAUGGACUAACCCUGAAAUGUAAAAGCUUGGAGAAAAGUGUUGCCAUCUGUUGCUGGGUACAGGAACUAUCAAAAUUGACAUUGGUCUCACCAGUAAAUGUCCUAAUGUGAUAUUUAGUGUGAGACCAAUGCCAAGUUUGUUAGUUUCCAUACCUGGCAACAGAUAGCAACACUUUUCUCUAAGCUUUUACAUUACAGGGUUAACCCGUUUUUAUGUGCACGUCUUCAUUUAUUCAGCAUCAGAAGAAAGGAACAAAAACACAUGAUCUUUCUGAUUAUGAUUGAACAAAAAUUUAUUGACAUGCCUUUUUUCUGGUGAAUCACUUUUUAUUUCCUCACUCAGUUUUAUUUGCAAUACUUUCCUUUACAGAUAAAAUC